AUGGAGACAGUCAAUAAAUACGUCAACGCUGCUUCGACGGCUGCUUCAACUGCCCUCUGGGGCGAGAACCCGUCUACUAGCGCUCAACAAGCUGCACAGCAGCACGGCGAAGAGCCCAUCUCUGGUAUUCAGGGCAAAGGACUCGCCACAGAUCCCUAUGAUGCCGGCAAUCGUGAGGACCAACCCGGUGCAAUUGCGACAGAAGCCAACACUGCCAUCCAACUCCCCAUCGUAGAUGGCAAGCGGCAAGACCCCCAAGGAGGCAUCUUCACAACCCACCCAGACCCAUCCACAGGAGCCAAGUCGACCGACAAUCUAAACACCACCAUUACCACUGGCGGCGCUGCUAGCAUCGAGACCUCCAGCAGCAUUAGUCCCAGAACCAGCAUCGCGCAGCCCAUUUCCAGCGGCUGCACGGAAUCUCUUGCCAGCAGCAACGGCACUGAGAAUGAGCAGCGCAGCACCGCGCAGCCCGUUUCCAGCGCGUCCACGAAAUCUCUUGCCAGCAGCAACGACACUGAGAAAGAGCAGCGCAGCACCGCGCAGCCCGUUUCCAGCGGCUCCACGGAACCGAUUUCUGGUAACAACGAUACCGAGAAGGAGCAGCGCAGCACCUCGCAAGCUGGAGAGGGUGAAAGCAGUGAAGCGCCGCACCCACCGCGCCCCCAGGAUGUGAGCAAAGAGGCGCUUGAGGGCCCGCAGGGUCCGGCGCCGAGGCCUGCAGAGGAAUUCGAGAAUGAGUCGCAGGGGAAGAAGGGUGGUAAGAAUAGUGAUAUUGAAAAGAUCUUCUCGAGUGAGUCUAAGGAUAGCGCGAACAGUAACAAGUCUCCUACUGGCAGUAAUAAGUCUGGGACCGAUUCACAUAAAAGCGGAAAGCAAGGGACUAUGUCGAAGGUUAAGGAGAGCGUCAAGAAGCAUCUCCAUCAUUCGAGCUCCUAA